GUGUUUUCUCUUCACUACACACUUACAUUUCUCUAACACUUCACAAUCUCUGUUUCAGCUUUCUCUCUUUUCUACAAUGGCUUGCACCACCGUCGUGUUGACGCUAGUCGCCGCAUUGUUGGUAACCUCCGUCGUGGCUCAGUCUCCAGCGUCCUCACCAGCUCUGUCUCCAAAGCGCACCCCCGUCGCCACACCUCAGAAGUCUCCCUCGCCGGCGAUUUCUCCCUCCGCCGUGUCGCCGUCGUCCUCUCCUCCCGCUCCGGUGGUGAACACUCCGUCUCCGUCACCAAACUCAGUCGACUCUCCGCCAUCUCCUCCGCAGUCUCCGUCCGUGUCACCAGCCGGUGUUCCCUCCGUCACUCCUUCAGCAAUCUCCGCUCCUCCCACUGGAGCACCGGCUCCCUCUCAAAACGGUGCCGCUUUGAACAGAUUCACUGUUGCUGGAUCUGCUGCUGUUGUGGUUUUCGCUGCGGCUUUGCUCAUGUAGAGAGACUAGAGAGGGUUUCGCGGAGUUUUAUUUUUUAUUUUUUUUAUUAUCAUCGUUUGCGAACGAACGUGAAUUCUAGUACUUCAUUUUUGGUUGCUUUUUUCAUGCAGUGUGAGGAUUCAUUCUUUCCAUUAUUUUGUCUAUUGUAUUUAUGAUGAUGAUGAAUGAUACUACAUUUUUAUGAUCUUAA